UGACCACGGAGAACGAUAGAUGGAUAUUGAAGUUUGCUAGAGUUUGGGUUGCGUUAUGCCACAGAUGACGAAACUUUCAUUUAAUUAUCGCCUCAAUUUUGACUGUUCAAAUAGAGAUUAUCAAGAGUCAAAGAGUCAAGUCGUUGUAAUGGCUGGUCAAUUGAGCGUAUAUUGGAUUUCUCCAAUUCAUCGAACCGUAUUUUCCCAUAGACUGCGUUGUAAAUUUCUGGAGGAUGCCCCCACCUUGAUUUUUAUUCUCUUUCCGUCCAGUUUCUUGAAGAUUUCCCUACCUGGCUGGAAACCCUAGAAAUCAUAAACAAUUCUGAGAGGUAGAUUUGGGAUUCGAGGUGGGUUUAUUUUCCCUGGUAAUACGAAUACUGAAUUCUAUAUGGCGUCAUUCUGUUUCGUUUUGUCCUUUGUUCUCUCUCAUCUAGUGGCACUUUCGUUGGCUUGGAAUGAUAGCAGAUACGUUCAUCCAAUUUGCACGCCCUUCGAAUGUGGAAAUCUGGGCCUCAUAGGAUUCCCUUUUAACAAUAUGUCGCUGACUGAUUGCGGAUUUUACACAGUUAAAGACUGCUCGGGACAGCCUAAAAUCCAGCUGAGUCGUGAAAAAGAAUUGUGGUUUAAUGUUGUUGCCAUAUCUCAGGCCAAUGUCAUCCAUAUCGAUGACCAAGAACUUCAGAAGCGAAUAACUGCUCGCGAUUGCACUAUUCUGGAUGAUCUAGCUCUUCCCAUGUCUUCUUUAUCUUCUUUGUCCACAGACAACAAUCUUACUAUGUAUAACUGCACAGAUAAACCUAAAGACGCUUUACCCCUUUUCAUCAGUUCAUUUAAUUGCCCUGGUUAUUACACAUACAUCAACACUAGUGCUUCACCCAACUGUCCCACUUCCAAGUCUAAAUUUGUUGUUCCAGUUCGCCCCGUUGGUCCCAGUAACUCACUUGUUGAGUUUACUUCUAAUUUCCAACUUCAAGUAACCGUAUUCCAUCCUUGUCACCAAUGUUUUCAUAGAGGAGGCCGAUGCUCGGAUACCCAAGGAUACUUCGUUUGUGAAGGCGAAAACACAAUUAGAAGUCCAGUAGACGAUAAACGUAAGAUUUUGGGGAUUGCACUAGGUGCUGGAUUCUCGGGUGUAAUUCUGCUUUUGUUAUUAUUUGCUCUUUGGUACCGCAGAAGAAGGCGGCCUGCUCCGAAUAUCCUAACAAGGAAUAUAUCUUGUGAACCCUACUCAAAAUUUGACGUAGAUGACGGUGGUGGUGUGUGCUUUGAAGUUCCUGUUUUCUCAUAUGCCGAACUCGAGACGGCCACUAACAAAUUUGAUCGUGAUAAAGAACUUGGCGAUGGUGGUUUUGGAACCGUGUACCACGGCAAACUCCAUGAUGGCCGGGAAGUUGCUGUGAAACGCCUUUAUCAACAUAACUAUAGACGAGUAGAGCAGUUCAUGAAUGAGGUUAAAAUUCUCACCCGCUUUCGCCAUAAGAAUCUUGUCUCCCUUUAUGGAUGUACUUCAAAACGCAGUCGUGAACUUCUCCUCGUUUAUGAAUUUGUUCCAAAUGGCACUGUUGCUGAUCAUCUCCAUGGAGAACGGGCAAGUUCUAGUUUGCUCACGUGGCCUAUUCGGAUGAACAUUGCCAUCGAAACAGCAAGUGCUUUAGUUUAUCUCCAUGCUUCGGAUAUCAUUCAUCGUGAUGUGAAGACUACUAAUAUUCUCUUAGACAAUAAUUUUUCUGUCAAAGUUGCUGAUUUUGGGCUCUCUAGAUUGUUCCCAAACGAUGUUAGUCAUGUCUCAACUGCUCCUCAAGGGACCCCUGGUUAUGUGGAUCCGGAGUAUUACCAGUGUUAUCAGCUUACAACCAAGAGUGAUGUUUAUAGUUUUGGCGUCGUAUUAAUCGAACUUAUAUCGUCAAUGCCAGCUGUUGAUAUAACAAGGCAUCGACAUGAGAUUAACUUGUCUAACUUAGCUGUGAACAAAAUUCUAAGACAGGAAAUUGACGAGCUAGUUGAUCCAUGCCUUGGGUAUCAAUCGGAUGAAAACGUCAGACGGAUGAUAAUGGGAGUGGCCUGGCUAGCUUUUCUAUGUCUGCAGCAAGACAAGGAAAGAAGACCUACAAUGGAAGAAGCCUUAGAAACUUUGAAGAGGAUUGAGAAUGGGGAAGAAAGUGAGAAUUUGCUAGAUAAUAGUGCAUUGCUGAAGAGCUAUGAUCCAACUCCUUCUCCAGAGUAUGAUGAGAUUCAAUUGUUGAAGAACAAAACGCAGCAGUUGUUGUCCCCUACUUCUGUUGCUGAUAAAUGGAUAAGCUCAACUUCAUUUGUUAGUGCUUCAACUUCAAUAUCAUCUAAGUCCUAAUUUUUUUUUUUUUCUUUUCUUUUCAGUUUAAUGUUAGAAGUUCAUAUUAUUAGUGUAGGAAACAAAUAAAUCACUUCCCUCCUUAUAUGCAUAUAUUUAACACAAAAUUAUUAUGUAUCUGUGAGUGGCUUUUUUGUAACUACAUACAUUCAGGGUAGGGAAUGUAAAUAAGAAUGAUUGAAAACCAUUCGGCUGUAGAAAUCAAUGUUCAUACACUUUUUCUUUAGUUA